AUGUCUGAUCCUUUCUCAAAUCUCUUCAGCAAUGGAUCAUGGAACUAUGGCUUCAACUAUUCCACUUGUCUUCCAUAUGUUUACAACCCUCAUGACUAUUGUUAUUACACAAACAACAGCAACAACACAAACCCUAAUAUGAUUUCUACUGUUGCAACCCCAGAAGUUGACUCUCCUCCACUCAGACAAGCUCUUCCUCUCCUUAGCUCGAGCCCUAUUAGAAACGAUCAAGACCAACCUCAUGAGUACCGUUAUUAUUCCAUGGACACAGAUCACAGUUCUUCAAAUGUUUUUGAUGGUCAUGACCAUGUUGGUCAAAAUGUUACUGUGGAUCUUUGUCUAGGGUUGCCAAAUCUCAUUAGCAACAGCAGUUCCUGUAAUGGCGGUGGAAGCAGUAGUGGUGAUAUUGUUCCAAACGCGUCCGAGGAGCACCACCACCAUCACCACCAUCAUCCUCAUCAAGAUCAAGAGCUAGAGAUUACAGUUGCUUCUCAUCAUCAUCAUCAUCAUCAUCAUCAUCAUCAUCAUGACCAUGGUCAUGAUCAUCAUGGUGGUGGAUUAAACAAAGGCCAUCAGUAUUGGAUCCCAACCCCUGCACAGAUUAUGAUUGGCCCUACACAGUUCUCUUGCCCACUUUGCUUCAAGACCUUCAACAGAUACAACAACAUGCAGAUGCACAUGUGGGGGCACGGUUCACAGUACAGAAAAGGGCCCGAGUCACUGAGGGGAACCCAACCGACGGCAAUGCUGAAGCUGCCGUGCUAUUGCUGCUCGCCCGGAUGCAAGAACAACAUCGACAACCCGAAAGCGAGGCCUCUCAAAGAUUUCCGUACGCUCCAAACGCAUUACAAACGCAAGCACGGGACGAGGCCUUUCGCUUGUCGGAAAUGCGGCAAGGCGUUUGCCGUGAAAGGCGACUGGAGAACCCACGAGAAGAACUGCGGCAAGCUUUGGUAUUGCUCUUGCGGGUCUGAUUUCAAGCACAAGAGGUCGCUCAAGGACCAUAUCAAAGCCUUUGGGAAUGAUCAUGUUGCUUGUGGGAUCGAUGAUUUCUUCGGGGAACAAGAUGAUGAGGCUGCCUCCGACGUCGACCAAUAUUACAACAAUUGUUAG